AUGACGGCUGGCGUAGGCUAUUACCCUCUCUUUACCAUCUUGGAGCUUGCAAAGGAGCUGGGUGGUGGGAGAGGAAUCCGGAGGUCUGGUCAGGGCUCCAAUUUCCAGAAUAUACAAUGGCACCCUCCCUCCAUGUUUGGCCAUAAACAAUCUACCCGUAGGACCCAGGAGAGACGUCUUCGCCCACCCCCUAACCUGAUCAGUCGCACCCUCCCACACCAACUGCCUGAAAAGCCGCUGUAUCCUAUGAAAGUAAAACAUUGCUAUCCACACAGUUGUACCAGGAGAUCAGAGGAGAAUCUUAUAUCUUCAGAUUAUAAAGCAGAUGAUGAUAUCACACAAGAUACAUAUGAAGAACAUUCCAUUAUCCCAGAUACACCCUCAGCCCUUCACAGCCAAGAUCUGUCAUCUCAUCCUUAUAUACAGGUCCUGUCUUCUCAGUCAUCACAGGAUGUUCAGCAAAAUAAAGGUCACAGAAGGGGUGUUGGACAUCAACAAGCUCAUACAGGAAAGAAACCAUAUUCAUGCUCAGAAUGUGGGAAAUGUUUUACUUUUAAAUCAGGUCUUGUUGUACAUCAGAGAACUCACAAAGGAGAGAAGCCGUUUUCAGGUUCAGGAAGUGGUAAAUGUUUUACUCAGCAAUCAAAUCUUUUUACACAUCAAAUAACUCGCACAGGAGAGAAGCCAUUUUCAAGUUCACAAUGUGGGAAAUGUUUUACUUGCAAAGGAGAUGUUACUCGACAUCAAAGAACUCACACAGGGGAGAAACCAUUUUCAUGUUCACAAUGUGGGAACUGCUUUACUAGGAAAUCAAAUCUUGUUCAACAUCAAAGAACUCACACAGGGGAGAAGCCAUUUUCAUGCUCAGAAUUUGGGAAAUGUUUUACUGGCAAAUCAAAACUUCUUAAACAUCAGAAAGCUCACACAGGAGAGAAUGCAUUUUCAUGCUCAGAAUGUGGGAAACGCUUUACUGACAAAUCACAUCUUGUUCAACAUCAUAGAACUCACACAGGAGAGAAGCCAUUUUCAUGCUCAGAAUGUGGGAAAUGUUUUACUGACAAAUCAAGUCUUGUUAAACAUCAAAGAACUCACACAGGGGAGAAGCCAUUUUCAUGCUCAGAAUGUAGGAAAUGUUUUACUGACAAAUCAAGUCUUGUUAAACAUCAAAGAACUCACACAGGAGAGAAACCAUUUUCAUGUUCAGAAUGUGGGAAAUGUUAUACUGGCAAAUCAAAUCUUCUUAAACAUCAGAAAACUCACAUAGGAGAGAAGCUAUUUUCAUGCUCAGAAUGUGGGAGAUGUUUUACUGAGAAAUCACAUCUUGUUAGACAUCAAAGAACUCGCACGGGGGAGAAGCCAUUUUCAUGUGCAGAAUGUGGGAAAUGUUAUUCCCAAAAAUCAAGUCUUGUUAAACCUCAAAGAACUCACACAGGAGAGAAACCAUUUUCAUGUUCAGAAUGUGGGAAAUGUUAUACCGGCAAAUCAAGUCUUCUUAAACAUCAGAAAACUCACAUAGGAGAGAAGCUAUUUUCAAAUCACAUCUUGUUAAACAUAAAAGAACUCACACAGGAGAGAAGCCAAUUUAGAGCAAUAAAUGAUGCAGAUAAGACAUCUAUAUAUUCACCAUGUACAUAGGAUAUCUGACAUUUAUACAUAUAUCAUAUACUGCAUCUCCAAACUUGUUACCAAUUGUUAAGAAAAGUUUUCUUUUAGAACGUAGUCACCGAUCCAGCGAUGUCAUCACUAUAGUUUACAUGGUAGGAGAAGAGUGUGGUAUAUGGUUGUGAUAUUACAUAGUUACAUAGUUAGUACGGUCAAAAAAAGACAAACGUCCAUCAAGUUCA